AGCUACCCAAAGCACCCGCCGGCGGGAAGCAAAGGGCCGCGCCGGCCGGCGCCCCGGCGCCUGUUGCGCCAUGUCGCAGCUUCACUUCAAGCGGCUCAUGGUGGAGUUCCGACACGUGCAGUCCGCCAUUGCCGAAAAGUCUGCAAACUUGCUGCGCUGCGAGCCGGUGGAGGACAACAUGCUCGAGUGGGAAGUGGACAUGAACUUCCCCCCGGAGUCCGGCUUGCAGCAGAGCCUGGACAACCUGGCUGCCACCAUGUUCGACGACAGCUUCAAGCGCCUCACCUGUGCCGUGCGCUUUCCCGCGGAGUACCCCAUGGCCCCCCCGGAGGUUUGGCUGCGGCGACCACGGCUUCACGCCGCAGGCAUGGUGACCUUUGGCGGCCGAGUGUGCAGUGCGAUCCUCGCUUCCGCGGGGUGGAACCCUGCCACCUCCAUGCCGGUUGUCCUGGCAGAAGUGCGGCAGAGCUUGUUGGAAAGUGGAGUCCUUGCGAUGACCACCGUGGCCAUCAAGAAGGAGUAUCCCAAGCCCGACGUCCAGCUGCACCGCCUCUGCUCGGAGCUCUUUCCAACGGCCAACGGCUUCUGCAAGGAGGGCAUGACGGCCCUCUCCGCUGAAGCGGCCGCGCCCUUCCUGGGAGACCUAGCCAGGCUGGAAGCCACCGACAAGAUCGGGCUGCCGUUCUCCUACGCCAACGAGAUUUACAGCCGCGCUGAGCGAGGGCAGGACCUGCAGCUGCCGCUCACCUUUGAGGUGACAACGCGUUUGGGCCGGAAAACCUCCUGCGCCAUCUUCGAGUUUGUGAACGGCCUGCCGGAGAUGCACUGCUUGCUGCCCCGCUGGGUCAUGGAAGACCUGGGCAUCGAGGAGCGCGAGCCGGUGCGGGUGCGGGGCGUCGCGUUGCCCUUGAUCACCGCGGUGAAGAUCCAGCCCCACGGCGUCGGCUUCUACGAGGCGGUGCAGAGCUGCUCAGAAGACGUCUCCGCGCUGCUCACGCAGUCCUUGUCCCGCUACAGCUGCCUCACCGAGGACACGGCGGUGCCAGUGGAUGUGGGAGGCUCGUUCUACAAGGUGCAGAUUGCUCGAGCCGAGCCCGGGGGAUCUGUGCGCAUCAUCGACUCCGAUGUCCAGCACCACUUUGAGUUCAAGGUGGACUUUGUGCCGGCCCCGGACCUGGAAGACGAGGCGGCCAGGAAGGAGUUCCAGGACAAGGCGGUGGCGGCGCUGAAGCUGCGCCGGGAGCAGUCUGCACAGCAGAAGCAGGACCUCGCAGAGCGGGUGCGUGAAGCACGGCGCCGGAGAUAUGAGCUGCUGCGGGGCAAGGCGGCGUCCGCGGCCGCAGGUGGCAAGGCCGACGGCGAAGUGGAGGUGGCGCUGCGGUUGCCGGAUGGGUCACAGGUGAAAGGCCGCUUCGCCGAAAACUCCCCAGUGGCGCAGCUGGCGCUGCUGGCCUACGACAGCCCCUGGGCCAAAGAGGCGCUGCCAUGGGGCCUGCACCUCCGCCUGGCCUAUCCCAAGAAGGUCCUCAAAGAAGGCGACCUCAUCACCAAAGACUUGCACCGCAGCAAGCUCAGCGUUCAGGAGGAGCAAGCGCCGCCGGACGACGAGCUGCUGGCGGCGCAGGACGCCUCUCCAAAGGAGGGCGAGCCUGAGGCCUUGGAAGUGGAAGCGCUGCCGGAGCUGGAUGAAGCAGCAGUGAUGGCCAGGACCCAGCGAGCUUUCGAGAUCCAGCGCUUCCUCCGGGCAGGCCUACGCAUUGAAGAGGCCGAGGCGAAGUACGAGGCUGGCGAGGUUUUGCCCGCCACCGCUGCCGCCGCCUUGCCGCCGCCCGCGGCAGCGCCGGCGGUAGUGCCCCCUCGCCUGGAGCGGACGCUCUCCGAAGAGGAGGAGCGUGAUCGUCGAGUGCAGGUGGUGGUUGGCUUCACCGGGGUGGAGGACGCCAUGGCCAGGACCUUCUUGGAGGACAACGAUUGGAUCACUGAGCGGGCAGUGAAUGCGCUGCUGGACAAUCUCGCCGCAUGAGAGAGCUGCCGACGAAUCAGUGUUCAUUUGUUGCCCAGCAUGUCCC